GAGGACAGGGACCGUCCCCUGGAGACUUACCUCCAAACGCGGAAGUCACCAGUAGAUGUCUCACGGCCGCAGUUCAGUUCCCGGUUCCUAAUGGGAGCGGCUGGCUGGGUGACAUCGGAACACCUUGGUGGCAGAAGAGCCUUUUAUUUAUUUUCUGUCAACGCCGCAUGACGUGCCUUGACAGCAGCGUAUUGUUUGAACAUAACCUUGCGUGUUCCCCCCCCCCCUGGUUUGACAAAAGAGGGAAACCAGAACCUCCCCCGUUCGAGCGGCUGAAACUGGGCGGGGAGACUCGACACCAACUUUGCACCUGAGUAAAGGUCGCUGGAAUAAAGGGAGAAUCGCGGUGAAAAUGGCGACCAGGGAGCCCUGGCUUUCCCAAGGUGGCGACUAAGGUGGUGAACACACCGGCUUGUUUCUUUCUCCACUCGGCGGCGGCGGGUCGGGUCGGGCUGGCCGGAGACGAGCGACAUGUCGGUCUCGGAACUUUACACCAAGUAUACAAAGGUUUGGAUCCCUGACCCAGAGGAUGUUUGGAAAUCAGCAGAAAUCGUUCAGAACUACAAAGAGGGGGAUGAGAUCCUUCAUCUUAAACUGGAAGAUGAAAUGCCUGUGGAACAUCCUGUCAAUUCCAAGACAAAUCAGUUGCCUUUCCUGCGUAAUCCCGAUAUCCUUGUGGGUGAGAAUGACCUGACGGCUCUCAGUUAUCUUCAUGAACCUGCUGUGCUCCACAACUUGAAGGUCCGCUUCCUUGAGUCCAAUGCCAUAUACACUUACUGCGGUAUCGUCUUAGUCGCUAUUAAUCCUUAUGAACAGCUGCAAAUUUAUGGAGAAGAUGUCAUUCAGGCAUAUAGUGGCCAGAACAUGGGGGACAUGGAUCCCCAUAUCUUUGCAGUGGCUGAAGAAGCAUACAAACAAAUGGCCAGAGAUGAGAAGAACCAAUCAAUCAUCGUAAGCGGGGAGUCUGGAGCUGGAAAGACGGUGUCUGCUAAGUAUGCCAUGCGUUAUUUCGCCACUGUGGGUGGAUCAGCCAGUGAAACAAAUGUUGAGGAGAAAGUCCUGGCCUCAAGUCCAAUUAUGGAGGCCAUCGGGAAUGCAAAGACAACAAGGAACGAUAACAGCAGUCGCUUUGGGAAAUAUAUCCAAAUUGGCUUUGACCGGCGAUAUUAUAUAAUUGGUGCCAACAUGCGGACAUAUCUGCUAGAGAAAUCAAGAGUGGUUUUUCAGGCAGAGGAUGAACGUAACUACCAUAUCUUCUACCAGCUGUGUGCCUCGGCCGACCGGCCAGAAUUCAAAGAACUGUGCUUAAGCAGCGCAGAAAACUACUUUUACACCACUCGGGGUGGUGGCAUCCUAAUAGAUGGAGUUGAUGAUGCUGAAGACUUCAAUAGAACUUGUAAAGCCUUCACUCUACUUGGUGUAAAGGAAGCACAUCAGAUGAAGAUUUACAGAGUAAUAGCUUCAAUUCUCCACCUGGGAAAUGUAGAAAUUGUUUCAGAAAGAGAUGUCGACACUUGUGGUAUUGCUAAAGAAGAUGAGCACCUAAACUACUUCUGUAAUUUACUGGGAGUUGAGCACGAUCAGAUGGAAAACUGGCUAUGUCACCGCAAGCUUAUCACAACGUCAGAGACUUUCAUUAAGACAAUGGCCAAGCAGCAAGCCAUCAAUGCCAAAAAUGCCUUGGCCAAGCACAUCUACGCUCAGCUCUUCAAUUGGAUCGUGGAACAAAUCAACAAAGCACUUUAUACAACCAGCAAACAGCAUUCUUUCAUUGGAGUUCUGGAUAUUUACGGGUUUGAAACAUUUGAGAUCAACAGCUUUGAACAAUUUUGCAUCAACUAUGCCAACGAGAAAUUACAGCAGCAAUUUAAUCUGCAUGUCUUCAAACUGGAGCAGGAGGAAUACAUGAAGGAACAAAUACCUUGGACUCUCAUUGACUUCUCUGACAACCAGCCAUGCAUUGAUCUGAUUGAGGCGAAAUUGGGCAUCUUAGACUUGUUGGAUGAAGAAUGCAGGAUGCCAAAAGGUACAGACCAGAGUUGGGCCCAGAAACUGUACGACCGCCAUUCAAGCAGCUGCCACUUUCAGAAACCCCGAAUGUCCAAUAUGGCUUAUGUCGUUAUACACUUUGCAGACAAGGUGGAAUAUCAGUGUGAUGGGUUCCUGGAGAAAAACCGAGACACCGUGUAUCAAGAGCAGAUCAACAUACUUAAGGCCAGCAAGUACCAGUUGGUGGCUGACUUGUUCCAGGAUGAGGAUUCUUCUGCAUCCAUUGCAAAAGGGAAAAAGUCAAAAAUAAAUGUUCGGCCUCUCAAACCGGCCAUGAAGGCAUCCAAUAAAGAGCACAAGAAAACCGUUGGACAUCAGUUUCGAAACUCCCUGCAUCUGUUGAUGGAGACCCUGAAUUCCACAACACCACAUUACGUACGCUGCAUCAAGCCAAAUGAUGAUAAAUUUGCCUUCUCGUUUGAUCCAGCACGAGCUGUACAGCAACUCCGGGCCUGUGGAGUGUUGGAGACAAUCCGUAUUAGUGCUGCAGGAUAUCCAUCUCGGUGGACCUACCAUGAAUUCUUCAACAGGUAUCGGGUCCUAAUGACGAAGAAGAACAUAAUUUUAAAUGAUAAGAAAGAGACCUGUAGGAGGCUUCUGGACAUUGUUAUCAAGGAUCCUGAUAAAUUCCAGUUUGGCAAAACCAAGAUUUUUUUCCGUGCUGGUCAGGUAGCGUACCUGGAAAAACUCAGAGCAGAUAAGUUCCGAGCCGCAUGCAUGAUGAUACAGAAGACAGUCCGGGGCUGGUUGCAGAGAGUCAAGUACAGAAGGCUGAAGAAGGCCACCAUUACUCUUCAGAGAUACGUUCGAGGUUAUCAGGCACGCAGGUUGGCAGACUUCCUGCGGAAAACGAGAGCUGCGAUAAUUUUGCAGAAGCAAUGCAGGAUGUUGGCUGCUCGUCAUCAGUACCUGAAAUUUCGCAGCGCAGCCAUCACGAUUCAGGCUUGUGCCCGGGGAAUGUUUGUCCGCAAGGUGUACCAUGAAUUAUUACUCCAGCACAAAGCCACUGUCAUUCAGAAGAAUUUAAGGGGCUGGAUGGCUAGAAAGAGAUUCUGCAGGAUUCGCAACACAGUCAUUUAUCUUCAGUGCUGCUUUAGGCGGAUGAAAGCGCGUCGUGAGCUGAAGACACUGAAGAUUGAAGCAAAGUCAGUAGAGCACUACAAGAAACUCACCAGCGGAAUGGAAAAUAAAGUUGUACAACUUCAAAGGAAAGUAGAUGAUCAGAAUAAGGAGUACAAGGCAGUAGCGGAGCAAAUGACGUCAAUAACCGCAGCGCAAGCUACUGAAAUUAAUAAACUUCAUAAGGAGUUGGAUCGAUGUCGAGAACACCAGGGAGAGGAAAAUAGAGCAACCAGUUUACAGGAGGAGAUUGACGAACUACGCAAGGAACUUGAGAAAUCGCAGAAGCAACACAAAAUCUUGGAGGAUACCUCCACCAGAGAGAAAGCAGAACUUCAGCAGCAUGUGCUGGAGCUGGAGAAGGAGAACACACUACUGAAACAUGAAAAGGAGGAACUGAACCAGCGCAUCAAGAGUGAAUCCAACAAUGUAGCAGAAAAGUUCUCAGAGAAGAUAGCAAAGGAAAAUGAGCAGUCAAAGAAGGAGAUAGAUGAAGAACGCUCUCGAUAUCAAAACCUCUUGAAAGAGUAUUCCCGCCUGGAGCAGCGAUAUGACAAUCUGCGGGAGGAGAUGACAUUAGUUAAGCAAACUCCAGGCCAUCGGAGAAACCCCUCCAAUCAGAGCAGUCUUGAAUCUGAUUCUAACUAUCCUUCCAUCUCAACUUCUGAAAUUGGGGAUACAGAGGAUGCAAUACAACUGGUGGAGGAAGCUGGCUUGGAGAAUGCUGCCAUGGAUAUGACCAUAUUCCUGAAACUGCAGAAGCGGGUGCGGGAACUGGAACAAGAAAGAAAGUCGUUACGCGCAGAGUUGGAGCAGAAGGAAGCACUGGAAACCAAAAAGAUGCCAAAUGAGUACAACAGCAUUCCGGACAACGAUCAAGCAGCGGAAAUGGCCUAUGACAGCUUAAAGAGACACGAGUUGGAAUCUGAAAUCAAAAAGCUAAAGAAUGAACUCAAUGAACUGAGAAAAGCUAUAGCAGAGAAGGCAACUAUGGACGACCCAACUAAUGAGUCAGAAAAUACGUACAAUAUACUUCUCCAUCAGCUGAAGGAGGCCAAUGAGGAGCUGGAGGUGCGCAAGGAGGAGGUCCUCAUGCUCCGAACACAAAUAGUCAAAGCUGCUCAGCAGAAGGAGGAGGCCAAAAGCACGGAUAACGUGACUGAGAAAUAUGAGUGGAAAAAAAGUGAUGAAAACACAGAUAAUGAUGAUGCCAUUGAGGCAUACAAUGGUGUUUGUGAAACAAAUAGGCUGCUGGAGGCACAGUUGCAGGCCCAGAUCAAGCAACACGAGGAAGAGGUAGAAAGAAUGCGGGCACAGAUUGAGGCUAUAAAAGAGGAGAUGGAAAAACAGCAACAGAUCCUCACACAUACGCUACAGAUGUCUCCAGAUGCACGCAUUGAGUAUAACGUACAACAGGAGAUCACCCGCCUCACCAAUGAGAAUCUGGAUCUGAAAGAGCUGGUGGAGAAACAGGAAAAGAAUGAGAAGAAACUAAAGAAGCAACUCAAGAUUCACAUGAAAAAGGUUCAAGAGCUUGAAGCCCGGAGCACUGUACCGAAGGAACCAAGACGAGAACAACUAACCAGACAAGUCACUGUGCAACGGAAGGAGAAAGAGUUCCAGGGAAUGUUGGAAUAUAUUAAGGAGGAUGAAACUCUACUUAUUCGCAACCUCAUCACGGACCUGAAGCCCCAAGCAGUCUCUGCCACAGUGCCAGGCCUACCAGCAUACAUCCUCUUCAUGUGCCUUAGACAUGCAGAUUAUAUAAAUGAUGACCAGAAGGUCCACUCGCUUCUCACUGGGACUAUCAAUGGCGUUAAAAAAGUAUUAAAGAAACACAAUGAUGACUUUGAAAUAACAUCAUUUUGGCUAUCCAAUAGUUGUCGCCUUUUGCAUUGUUUAAAACAAUACAGUGGAGAUGAGGAUUUCACGAAGCAGAAUAACACACGGCAGAAUGAACAUAGCCUGAAGAACUUUGACCUCACAGAGUACCGCCAAGUUCUAAGUGACCUCUCUAUUCAGAUAUAUCAGCAAUUGGUCAAGGUUGCAGAAGGUCUUCUUCAGCCAAUGAUAGUGUCAGCCAUGUUGGAGAAUGAGAGCAUCCAGGGUCUGUCGAGUGUGAAACCCAUGGGCUACAGGAAACGUUCUUCAAGCCGGCUAGAUGGAGACGACAGCUACAGUCUAGAGGCCUUGUUGCGCCAGCUUAACAUAUUAAACAACACCAUGUGUGAACAUGGACUGGAUCCUGAGAUUAUCCAACAGGUCUUUCGGCAGCUCUUCUAUGUCAUCAAUGCUGUAACACUUAACAACCUGCUGCUGAGAAAGGACGUGUGCUCGUGGAGUACAGGAAUGCAAAUCAGGUACAACAUCAGCCAGCUAGAAGAGUGGUUGCGGGGGAAAAAUUUAAAACAAAGUGGGGCUGUGAAGACAAUGGAGCCUCUAAUUCAAGCUGCACAACUUCUCCAAGUGAAGAAGAAAACCACUGAUGAUGCUGCAGCCAUCUGUUUAAUGUGUAAAGCUCUAUCCACACAACAGAUCGUCAAAAUUUUGAACCUGUACACACCAGUAAAUGAGUUUGAAGAACGUGUAACCGUAUCAUUCAUUAGACAUAUUCAGUCCUUUUUACAAGAUCGCAAUGAACCUCCUCAACUGCUAAUGGACUUUAAACACACAUUUCCUGUUAUGUUUCCAUUUAAUCCUUCUGCACUCAACCUGGACACCAUACACAUCCCAGCAAAUUUGAACUUGACUUUCCUCAUUCGAGUGUAGAACAAAGCUUUGUGUGGACAUUUACAGAAGAAAGUAUGGAGAGAGAGAAGAAAGCUGAACAUUGGAUAUUUGCUGCAUCUCAAUCAAAAUUAUUAUGGAACAAUUAAUCAUGCAAUACCAUAUCAAAACUUGAUUGGUGGCCAAAAUAACCCAUCAUCACUUCUAAUAAACAUCGACAUGAACAUUUGUGAUGCAUUCAGAAGGAACAUUGGACAUUUCCAAUGAUAAACCAUGAUUUAUUUUUGUAAUUAACAAAGCAAUGCCCAUUUUUUGAGUAGAAUGUAAAAAAAAAGCAAAGAAGACUGUGCCACAGAUUUUGAUAUUUAUGAACCGUGCAAAGUUUAUAAUCAAAAGAAAACAGCAGUGGGGUUCAUAAUGUGAUUUCUGCAUGUUUUGCAACUCAUCUCUUUGGUUUACUGUCACAGUUCAAGCAUGAAAUGGAAUUGGCUUUUUUGGAUCUAAUCUGUGAGUCACCAAUAUAUAGUCACAGUGACUUUUAAGAGAAGAGGAAAUGUAAAAUAGGGAUCGGCUUUGAGUCUGCGCAAUGCAUACAGCCAAAUUAGAGCUAAUAUCGCCUUUCCAUUAGGCUAUAUAUUUCCCCCUCAUUUCUGCUGUGACCAUUGGUGUGGACAUGGUUUAUCGCUUUGUUAUUUGAGCUGAUUAAAACCAUGUAACUGCUUAUUUGACAUUUACAUAAAACGCUAUUGAGCGGUUUGCCUGAAGUUUCCAUUGGGAACUUUGACUCUGAAAUGGGAACAUUUAUCUGUGCGAUUGCACUUCACUCAUUAUGCGAUAAAUGUAAUUGUGUCUUACAUAACUCUGAGAAGCAAUGGCCAUUUCAAUUGGAGUAAUUGAUGUAAUGUAUUAAGUUAGGACCAAAAAUAUCUACAAUGUUUGAAAUGGAGUUAGCACAAUAUUCUGGUGUCUCUGUUUAGUAUGGAUGAUAAAGUAACUAAAUUUAUUUAUUGGGCGAUUGAAAUUUGCAGAAACUACCCCAUUACGGUAAAAUUCAGGAUGUUGGUAAACAUUCAUUGUAUAGAUUUUGUAACAUCUGAGAAUUGGCUCCUGUACUGAGGCAGCAAAACUGCACUGGCGUAUUCAGUGCCUCGAUAUCUAAAUCCAGCAGACUUUUAUAAAAUGAACAUAGUUUGCUGCUACCUGAUAGUGGGUUACAUUUGAUUUAACCUCACAGCUUUGCAACAAUCUUCAAUGUGUGGGAUGAAUGAGCUCUUUACACCUCUGACUGAAUUUUGAUUGAUUGCAUGUUCUUCAAAAAUAUUUUAAAACAUUUCACCUGGUCAUAAAUUGCAAUCAUAUUUUUUAUCAAUUGCAUAUUUCUAUGUUGAAGCCUUUGCAAGAAAAUUGAUUGCACAAACACAGUUGGAAUCGUAUGAAAUAUAAACAUGUUGAACAUAACUAUCCAUUGGGGAACAGUAUAUGAAUUUUCAUGAUCAAUAACCUUGUCUAACUGUUGGGCCCUAUUCUGUGAAUCCAAAGUGCACAGUUCCGAUAAAAAUCCCAGAGAAUCUACAGGUGAACACAAAUACCAACAAAAUGCUCAAUCCUCAAACAUCAUCUUCCUGUUUCUACUUCUCAGCUGCCCUUCCCACCUUCACAAAGGAGCAACAAAGUGGAACCACAAAAAUGACAAAGAAUAUAGCAUUCCCUUCAAGUUUUCCAACAAAUGGAGUGCUUGCUAAGAGAAAUGGGUCAAAUAAGCAAAGAUCUUUGAUUGCAAAAGACAAUGUCACUAAAAUGUUGUGUUUAAAUAUUGACAAAUUCUAUUCCUUAAAUAGAUUGAUAUAAAAAAAAUAUUUGUAAUAUUUCAAGUUAGGUGUGUUUGGUUUUUUUCUUAGUUUAAAUUGUCAUUUAGAUUUAUGAAAGAAAAACAAUGUAAACAAGUAUAUAGCAAUGCUAACUUUAUUAAAUUGCAUGAAAAAGUGAUGCAGCAUUAUGUUCAGAUAUUGUUGGGAAAGAAGCAAGCACAAAAAUUGUAAUUAAACACCCUUUUUCACAGACU